AUGCCUCGAAUUAAGACGGUGCAUUCGAAGGUGACGAAAUCUCCACGCCGCCCGUUCGAAAAGGAACGUCUGGAUCAGGAGUUGAAACUUAUUGGAGAGUUUGGUUUGAAGAACAAACGUGAGGUCUGGCGUGUCAAGUACACUUUAGCUAAGGUCCGCAAAGCUGCUCGAGAAUUGCUCACUUUGGAGGAGAAAGACCCAAAGCGAUUGUUCGAAGGAAACGCACUUCUUCGUCGUCUUGUUCGCAUUGGAGUGCUUCCAGAAGAUCGUAUGAAGCUGGAUUACAUCCUUGGUUUACGUGUCGAGGACUUCCUAGAGAGGCGUCUUCAGACUCAAGUUUUCAAACUUGGAUUGGCAAAAUCGAUCCACCAUGCUCGCGUCCUUAUCAGGCAUAGUCACAUCCGUGUCCGCCGUCAAGUUGUUGAUGUACCAUCAUUCAUUGUUCGGCUGGAUUCGCAGAAACACAUUGAUUUCUCACUGAAGUCGCCCUUCGGAGGUGGCCGUCCUGGACGUGUGAAGAGGCGCAAUAUGAAAAAGGCCGAAGAAGGGGAGGGAUCUGGGGACGACGAGUGA